UGCGGACGCGCGCACCUGGCGGGGUGAGCCCGGGCCCCGGAGGCCCCGAGCGAGCGGCGAUUGGCUGACGCGGUGGCUGCGCGUGGGGCCUGAGAAACUCGGGGCGAGCGCGCAGAGUCGGGUCCCGGGGCGGGGCCGGCGCAUCGCAGUUUUACCUCAAGACUAGUUGGAGACCUGUUUGAGACUUCUCGGAACUGUCCUUCUUGUUCCUGCUUUCUCCCAUCCCUUUAAAGCUGAGGAACAAGAGAGAGUUGGACAUCCAUAUCCAAACCAAAGUGCCCUAUGCACAGCACACCAGGACACCCAAGAGGUCCAUCCGUGUACCUGAAAUUGGGUGGAUUGGACGCUGGAGGAGGCUCUGGAGCCAGGGGAGUUAUGCUGGCAGUAGUGGCACUGGCAGAGGCACACUGGGAGCAGCAGAGGAAGUGGAAAGCAAGAGGGCUAAUCCAAAAGUAAAUGAGGAACUUAGAAAAAGAUUGCCAACUCCAGAUCAACAUAUUUAGAGAAAAUUGGAAAAGGAGAAGCUGACUACAGCUUUAUUUGAGGACUUUUUAAAGAACGCAGAGUUCUAGCUGUGAGCUUCAAAUCUUGGAGGAAAAACCAGAGACUUUGCCAGAGCAAACAAGAACAGAAGUACCAAUGGAGGACCGGUCAGACGGCAAGGACUUUUCAGAUACAGCCCAUAGUUAUCUUGAACAAGAGGCUACAGGGAGAAAUAAAAGUCCACAGCCAGAUGGGCAGCUGACUGUGAAUUCUGAGGGAAGCAUGGAUCAGAAAUCCAAUGCAUUAGUUAAUGAAGCUACACGUGAGGACACAGAACUGCCAGAGCAGAGACCCAGGCAUUUUCAGGCCACCAGCCCUUGUCCGGGCGAUGAGACAGCUUACUGCUCUACUGAAAAACGCAACAUUAUGGAACAUAGAAGUAAUGACUUGCAUUAUGAACAUAUGAUUCCUUGUCAAGUUACUUCAGACUUAAACAAAGAGAAGACAAUAGCAUUUCUUCUAAAAGAAUUGGACAUUCUCAGAGCAAGCAAUAAAAAGCUUCAAGAAAAACUGACUAAAGAAGAUAAAGAACAGAGAAAACUAAAGCUCAAGCUGGAACUUCAAGAGAAAGCAACAGAAGCUCAGAUUGCCGAAAAGACAGCAGCUCUGGUUGAAGAAGUAUAUUUUGCACAGAAGGAACGUGAUGAAGCUAUUAUGUCUCGACUGCAAUUAGCCAAUGAGGAGAGAGAUGAAGCAAUUGCACAAGCCAAGCAUUUGGAAAUGUCUCUAAAAGUGCUAGAAAAUAUUAACCCUGAAGAAAAUGACAUGACAUUACAGGAAUUACUGAACAGAAUAAACAAUGCAGACACAGGGAUAGCUAUUCAGAAGAAUGGAGCUGUAAUUGUGGAUAGAAUCUACAAGACCAAGGAAUGUAAAAAGAGAAUAACUGCCGAAGAAAUGAAUGCCGUGAUGGAGGAGCGUGACGCUGCUUUGUCUCAGUGCAAACGGCUGGAGCAGGAGCUUCAUCAUCUGAAAGAGCAGAACCAGACUUCAGCAAACAACAUGAGACAUCUGACUGCUGAAAACAAUCAAGAACGUGCUCUGAAGGCAAAGUUGGUAGCUAUGCAACAAGCCAGGGAAACUGCAGUUCAACAGUACAAACAACUGGAAGAAGAAAUCCAGACACUUCGGGUUUACUACAGUUUGCACAAAUCCUUAUCCCAAGAAGAAAAUCUGAAGGAUCAGUUUAAGCAUACCCUUAGCACCUACGAAAAAGCUUUAAAAAAUAGAGAGAACGUUGUUUCCAUCACUCAGCAACAAAAUGAGGAACUGGCUGCCCAACUGCAGCGAGCUCUGACGGAGCGAGCAAGCAUGGAGUUAGAGCUGCGGCGUGCCACGGAGGCCUCCCGGGCGGCCGGGGACAGGGCUCAGAAUUUCCUCAUCUGGAAGAUGGAGCUGGUAUACUUGCCCUGUCUACUUCAAAACAUGGCUGUGAGGAUCAAAUAAGAUGCAUGUGCAUAAAAGCACUUAGAAAAGUAUGAUGUACUCUAUAAAUGUAAGCCAUUGACUGAAGAAUGUCUUCUACUUAUAAUAUACAUUUUAAAUAAAAAGUUAUAACCACCUUUUUUGAACCAGAGAUAGUAAGUGAGAAAAAUAGUAUUUUAGCUCAGAGACAGAAGGUAAAUGCCAUGUAAGCUUGAGAAGGAGAUUCUUCACAUAGACCGUGGAAACUGGAAGUGAAGAGGACUCUUUACACUCUCAGUACGCUAGUGGUGAGAAUGCAAAAUGGUAAAAAGCCCUGUGGAGGAGAAUUUGAUGAUAUCUGACAAAAUUACGUGUGUAUUAACUCUGACUAAGGAAAAUCACUUCUAGGAAUCCGUCCUGAAUCUAUACGUCUGUGAAUAUUAAACAACACAAGAAUUACAGUAGUAUUUUUAACAGCAAACGGAAAUGACCCAAGUAGGAGAAUAGUUGAAUAAACUAUAGUACAUUGACACAGUGGAAUACGAUGCAACUAUUAAAAGACAAAGAGUAAGGAAGAUGGCUAUAAACUGACAGUGGAUGAUUUCAGGACAUAUUGCUAACAAAAAAUCAAGUACUAAUAAUAUGCUACCUUUUAUGUGAAAAAUAAGAAUAAAAAGCACAGGAAGGAUAAACCAGAAACUAAUGGCACUGGUUGCCAUUGGAGGUAGAUGGGAAAAAGAUGCAGGCAUAGGAUGGGAGUGCAGGUUUUCCAAUUAUGCCUUUUUGUAUAGUUUUGACUUUUGAACCAAGUAUAUGUUUCACAUAUUCAGAAAUUAAAAUCAAAUUUAAAAAUAUAAAAAGCAAACCCUGAAAGUGAAUACAAAUAGAAAUAAAUAUACCUAACUUAUCAAAAUGAUAAGAUACAGAGAGAAAAUAAUUAAUUCAAAUAUCUUCUGAUCAUCGUACUCGGGCUGCACAUACUUAGCGGCAUUUAUUCUAAGGACGAAAAGAAAUCCAAAAAAUCUUCAACUUUGCUUAGCAUAUUCAUACUUAGUUGUACUAAUGGUUAUUAACAUUUUGAAAGUAUUUUAUGUAUAUUGUUGGACUGAGCAAAUAAGUAAAUAAAUAUUGUUAGGAGUCAGGAUUUUCACUGUAAAAUAAAUGGCAUUAGGAAAAAGAAACUAUAGUAUUACAUUUGAAUUGAAAAUAUCAGUAUGAACUCAUGAUUUUAAAAAUAUUUUUUUUUCUUAGCUCUAGCCACUGAAAAGCCCUUAGAAGCAAUGGACACACCUGACACCCAGAUUUUAGUUUAAUGGAAAAUAUAUUUCCCAUUAAAGGGUACCAAAGUCCAAGUCUGGAGUGGGGAAAGUAGAGUGAGUUUAGACUAUCUUUUUGUGCCCGAAAGCAAGAAGAUACUCAAAGACUAAUAAGGUCAUGUCAAAAGGACACAGAAGCCAGCUUGAAAAGGUUCCCACUGACCAAAUUGGGACAUUUGUGCAUCGAAAAAAAAAAGAACUAUAUUUGACUAUCAAAUAUUUAAUUUUUGCAUCUCAUUGUCUGUAAAGAUACUAAAAAAAAGAUGGAGGAUGAAAAGGAAGAAGCUCUUGUACAGAAGAAUGGCAGUUAAUAGAUGAAAACAGAAUGAUAGAAUGAGAGAAUCACCACCUUGCGACCCCUAGUGUGAUUAAUUCAAGCAAAGACCGUCCAUCAGCCAUACAACGAGUUAAAAAAAGCUACUUUGGCAGUAGAAUCCAUCAGUCUAGUUUGGGGAAACUUACUUAGCAUAUACCAAGGAGUUUAGAGCUCAAAAAUCAGAGAGGGCUUAGCCAUGGGGAUUUAGGAUGUCAGGUGCCUUCGAACAAUAUUUAGGGAUUUAUUAUUCAAGUUUACUUUGGAAAUUUUUCUUACUCAAAUAUUCUGUGCUUAUGUAAGUGAAGCAGAUAGACCUAAAGCAGUCAACCUUUUAUCAAAAUUCAUCUUUGAAAGAAGCUCACUACAAUGUAAAGAAAUUUUACCUUAGAGACUUUAUCAAUAUCAGAGUAGGUACUAAUCCUUUCCUUAGUUAAACUUUGAUAUUUUGUUUAUCAUGGAAUUUUUGUGUUAAUUUUGAUUUUUUAAACUAUUGCAUUAAAAUAUUAUUUAUCUUGGUUACUGAGGUUUUUUUACACCCCUUAAACUUUAAACCUGAAUUUUGUGCCUCUUUACCUUACCUGAGUUCUAGCCCUGAAUGCUCUAUAAAAGAUGAAAAGGACACCGCUAGAGGAAAAAAACACCCUACUCUAUCCUCAUUCAAAAAAUAAUAAUAAUGAUAAGUUGCCCUAACUUGUAUGGUUUCUUCUGAAUGGUGUUUUGCGUUGGGGCAUGACAGUGGUGUGAUGGAGCUGCGCACCUGUGGCUCUUCCCGCCCUGUGGGACUCAUCCAGGUUUUUGAUUAUCUCGUCCAGAAAGUCUACCACUGCCUGAAUGUCUGUGUCUUUCUUCAUGGUCAUUACCUGUACCACUUUUUUGAUAAACUGUUGCUUUGUCUUCAUUUCAGUCAUCUGUGUAGAUCAACCAUCAUGGUUCCGAUUGCAUUCUAGACCCUAAAUGUUGAUUUCCAUUUGAGAACGUGUGGUUUUUAUGAAUGAGAUAAACCAGAUAGAGAAAAUUACUGUGACAAUGCCAGCAUAAUAAGUUGAAUAUUACUUUCACUUUGUAGGCCCCUGGCUUAGUCUGAAGUUUGAAGGUGCAUUGAUAUAUUAUCUCUACUAGUCUCCCAAAGGAUGUUGUCAGUCUUUUGAAUUAAACUUGAAUAAGGUUGAUUUGUAUUCCCUGUUAAUCAAAAUUUGAAAUGUUGACAUUAGAAAAUUUCAUUCAGUGCUAAUUAUAUAUGACUUUUAUGAAAGUUAGGAAGGAAAGAAUCCUACAUUUUAAAGUUUAGUCUCAGCCUAAAGCCCUGUGAAAACAAUAGUGAGUAGCUUAAUAAGCCAUCUUAAUAAGAUACCUUAAUAAAACUAACCAGUUAUUCUAGCUUGCUGCAUUUCGCUUGGCAAUAUAAAAAUCAGUGACUCACUUCCUCUAUCAUUAAUUGAAACUUUUCUGGGUUUAAAAUGAUCAAAAACCUCAGCAAUGUUACAACAACAUUUCCCAAUCUUUCUUGACUGUUGAAUCCCUUUAAUAGUAAAACAGACUCUCUAGGGAGAGUUUGAAGCAUCCUUUUUGCACUGGUAUAAGAUAAAGAAGUUAAUUUGCAUUGAUUGUUUUAUAAACUGUAUUUUAAUACAACCUUUAAUGUUAACAAUAUGUAACAUCACAUGGUGUUUGACUUACUUCAGCUAUAUAAUAAAAAAGCAUAAUUUAUUGUUUUAUAAUGGUAUUUUAAGUGUGGUUUAGGGACCAAAUACAUAGAAGAAAGUAGGUUAAAAUUUAGUAACCUGCAAAUGACCUUAAAUAACUGCCCGUGAGCUGAUAUUUGGAAUGCUUAACAUUUUACUUUUAAAAUGAAACAAUAGAGGUUUAUUAUUAUGCAGCAAACCUCCAUUUGCUGGAAUAUUUCCACCAGUAGCACAUUAGGUUUUUGGUCCCUACUUCAAUAUAUGUGAAGCUAAAUUAAACAUUACUGUUAUUCCAAAAUUUUCUCUCUUGAACUUUGUUUUUUAAGUAACAGCUACUAAAUAGGCGAUGUGAGUAGUUUGAUCAAAUGAAUGCAAUUUAGAGAUCUGGGGAAGAGAAUCGAGGUAAAUUUACAGAUUUAUUUUCAUGCCUGUCAUUAAUUUAUAUUUCAACAUCAGUGUUCUUUCUGCUUCCUCUAAGUAUUCACUGGUCCAUUAGGGGUGGAAAUUAAACAGUUUACAACUGAGAAAGAAAAAUAAUUAUGCUAAAAAACGUGUUGAGCAGCUAUGUUCAGCUGAAUGAUAAAUCAGCUAAGGGACUGAGUCUUGAACAUGAGGUUCUGGUCUUCAGUUAACCUCCCGUAGCUCAUUCAUAUGCAUUCGGAAGUUCUCAAACUAGCCCACUUUAAAAGGCUAAAUAAAUAAGUUAAAGGCAAAAAUAUUUAGUAAUACUUUUAUGCUUCGGCUUCAAAAGUAGAACUCAGAACAGACAUUACCACCUUUGGUUACAUAAUUUCCUGUGAAUUUCUAAAAGACAAAAUGAAAAAAAGAUACUUUAGAGAAUUUCAUUAUAUAGUUUUGUGCACCCUUUUUACUCCUUUUGUCAAUUUUAACACGUUUUUAUAUUGUUUAAGGAAGCAUUUAUUUCCUCGAAAACACUUUAAACUGCUUUCAUUGUUUAUUAGCAACCUCCCCCCAUAAAUACAUAUUAAAGUCAAAUAAAUUGCCUGAAUUGGUUAAAUUAGGAUAUAAGUAAUUGAAAGAAAAGAAUCAUUUGCUGGAAAAAGUAUGUGUUGCAGCAUAUUAAAUAAAUAUUAAUGGUUUCUUUACAAAUCUUCAAAUAAGAGAACAUUUUUCCAAAAAAAUGGAAAUUUGAUAGUUUAUUAUAGAAUAACUGACUGUAUGCUUUAAAAUACGAAAUAAAUAUUUUUCUCAUCCUGAGCAAA